CUCACUCCUCAUGCCUAAACCUAACGAACCCGACCAAGGAAGGUAACGAGCACUAGCCAAUCAGAGGCCGAGUAGGGCGGGUCAUGACUUCACAAUCCUAGGACAACAAUUUGGCCUCCAGCUCAGCAGGUGGCGUAAAGACGUGCCGGUAAAAGCGGAAACGACAAAACGUAAAAUUUGUGAGCUCCUCCACGUGUGAGAGCAGUCUAGUCAGUCACAUUGGCAGGUCCACAGCUCCACGAUGAAACGACCAAAGUUAAGGAAAGCAAGUAAGAGGGUCUCAUGUGCCAAACGUUAUAAAAUACAGAAGAAGGUCCGAGAGCACAACAGAAAGCUGAGAAAGGAGAACAAGAAGAAAGGAGUGAGCAAACGAGUGAAGAAGGACAUCGGAGUGCCCAGCAGUGCUCCCUUUAAAGAGGAGGUCCUCAGGGAGGCAGAGCAGAGGAGGCUGCAGAUUGAAGAAGAAAAAGAAAGAAGAAAACAAGCUAAAAAAGAGGAGCGAGCCCAGAAGAGGAAGAAGGACAAGGAGGCUGCGAGUAAAGAAACAGAACCCAAAGCCAAGAAAGCUCGGCAGGAGGAGAAUGGAAAGCGUUCAGAGAAACAGUCUGCUCCAGACAAGAACUCAAAACAGUUCCUUUGCUCUGAAUUAAACAAGGUAAUCAACACGUCUGAUGUUGUUUUAGAAGUCCUUGACGCUCGUGAUCCACUGGGGUGCAGAUGUCCACAGCUGGAGGAGGCAGUGCUGCAGAGCGAGGGCAACAAGAAACUGAUUUUGGUUUUAAACAAAAUAGAUCUGGUACCUAAGGAAAACGUGGAGAGGUGGAUACAGUGUCUACAGCAGGAGUUUCCAGUUGUUGCGUUCAAAGCAUCAACACAGAUUCAGGACAGAACAGUGCAAGCAAAGAAAAGCAGGAUAGUUGCCUCCAAUGAAGUAUUGGACAAAUCCAGAGGAGCAGCCUGCUUUGGAAACAGUUGUCUCACUGAGCUCCUGACAAGUUAUGCUGCAAACAUGCAGAAUGCAGCUUCUCUCAGAGUGGGUAUAGUUGGCUUUCCUAAUGUGGGAAAGAGCAGUCUCAUCAACAGUAUGAAAGGAAUCCUUGCAUGCAAUGCCGGUGUCAAGAGAGGCAUCACAAAAUCCAUGCAGGAGGUGCACAUUUUGAAGAAUGUGAAGCUUCUAGACAGCCCAGGAGUCAUAGCAUCACCGUCCAACCCUCCAGCCUCUAUGGCUCUGAGGAGCCUGCAGGUGGAGGAGGGCCAGGAGAGUGUGCUGGAGGCCGUCAGGACUCUGCUCAAACAGGGUGACAAGACUCAGAUCAUGCUCCAGUACAACGUCCCCGACUUCAGAAAUUCUCUGGAGUUUUUAUCCUUGUUUGCCAAAAAGCGCGGCUAUCUGCAGAAGGGUGGAGUCCCAAACACAGAGCAGGCAGCCACGGCUUUCCUUGCUGACUGGACAGGAGCCAAGAUGAGCUACCACUGUAAGGCAGCAGAGAACCACAGCCUGCCUUCCUACCUGUCUGAUACUGUGGUCGCUGAGAUGCAGAAUGGCUGGGAUCUAAACAAGCUGAAAACUGGCAAUGAGGAAACUCUGAAAGGUGUUAAAUUUCCAAACCAGGCCAGCAGUAUAAGCUUCAUCUCUAAAGGCCCCACUGCAGGCCUGCUGACGGUCAGUGACAUCUCUGAAGAAAAACUUGCUGUUGAAUCCAAAGAGGAAGAAGCAGAGAAGAAUGAUGAGCCUGAACAAACCGCUGAGGACUCAAAUACAGCCGAAGAACCAGAGAAACCACAGAAAGCACCGCUCAAAAAAAAACCAGGCCAUGUGCAGUUCCAGUCUGUCCCCAUCGACAUCAGCCUCUCCACAGCUACGACAGAUGACACCUACGACUUCAACACAGACUUUAAAUGAUGUUUGCUUUUGCACUGCUUAAUUUAACAGCCUGCAUGGUCUGGUGGACAUGCAGACAUGGGUUUGUCAACAUGUUGACAUCUAAAAUCACCGUCGAGGUGCCUUUGGCCAUCUUAUCAUUAAAGGCAAAGUUGAUUCAAAAUCCCAGUUUGAAAGACACUUGCCUUGUUGGCUGGUUUCAGGCCAGUCAUUGGUGUUUGUGCCCUUCCAUUAGCUCUUUGAAUAUGGAAGACAGUGCGACCGUUUCCCAGGCAAGAAGCAGCCUUUAUCCUAGACUACUAGGACUACUCCCAUCCCAGGAAGUGGACUGAUUUGGUGGUUAUGUAUUUAUUCAUUGACUUCUACCAGAUGUUGGUGAAAAAUCACCAGUUUUAUGUGUCCAGAGGUUUUUGUAAUCUCUUGUGUUCAUGCAGAAUAAUGUAUAUAGACUUACUUUACAUGUAAUAAACCCUCUACAAAGCCUCAGUCGGUUUUGUUUUUUAAUACA